GGACCCCGUGCUCAUCCACACUCCGGUCCCGCGUCAGCAUGGGGACGACUUGCCCUUUAAGGAGCUCCGCCCCCUAGCGAGCAGCCAAUCGCCUCCGAUUGGUCCCGAGCGCGUCCAAGCGCAGCCGAACUUGACGCACCCGCCCGCAACCUGCCCGACGCGCCUCCCACGCGGCUCCGCAGCUUCUCAGCCAAUCACCGCCGGGCGCGCCGAGCCCAAUCUGCAUGACCCCGCCCCUCGUGGAGUUCUUGGCCAAUUGGAGCGCUGUGCUUGGCCUCAUUAGCAUAUGGGCGGGGCCGCCGCGGGCGCUUGGUUGGAGCGUCGCCGCAUCCCAGGUCCCGGGAAAGUUUUUUCGGAGGUCCCGCCCAGAGAGGCCAUGUCCCACGGCCCCCGGCAGCCAGGCGGGGCCACCGCGCCUACGGGGAGCAAGACUCCGGGCCAGCACGGGGCCUUCGUAGUGACCGUCAAACAGGAGCGCGGCGAGGGCGCCCGCGCCGGAGAGAAGGGGUCCCAGGAGGAGGAGCCCGUGAAGAAGAGAGGCUGGCCGAAAGGCAAGAAGAGAAAGAAGGUUCUCCCCAAUGGGCCCAAGGCCCCCGUCACCGGCUACGUCCGCUUCCUCAACGAGCGUCGGGAGCAGAUUCGCACCCGCCACCCGGACCUGCCUUUUCCGGAGAUCACCAAGAUGCUGGGCGCCGAGUGGAGCAAGCUGCAGCCGGCAGAGAAGCAGCGGUACCUGGACGAGGCGGAAAAGGAGAAACAGCAAUACUUGAAGGAACUGUGGGCGUACCAGCAGUCGGAGGCCUACAAGGUCUGCACAGAGAAGAUCCAAGAAAACAAAAUUAAAAAAGAGGACUCCGGCUCUGGGCUCAUGAACACGCUCCUGAAUGGGCACAAGGGUGUGGACUGUGAUGGCUUUUCCACAUUCGACGUUCCCAUCUUCACUGAAGAGUUUUUGGACCAAAACAAAGGUGAGAUUUUGGCAGGUGCUGGUGCCUAAGCUGGAAGAAGUGGAGAUGGGGUCAGGCUGGAG